AUGGCUCGGUUGUUGGCCACUAUAAAGGCGAUCAUAACAAGGAUAAUAUUUAGCACCCACGCUUUCAUCGCUAUUUGGCAAGUUACACAGUACAAGCAGGAUCCACUGUACUGGUGUAUUUGCGCCCCGAUAGGGGUACUUUUUGUGGAAGGAGUUUUCACUCUGGCCAUCAAGAAAAAUCAGGAAUGGAGAUGGUUCUGCCCCUCCGUAUUCAUCUACUUGUCAAGUAUCGUUCCCGCAAUAUGGUUGCUGGAGCUGGACAAGCUAGAAAAACGCACGCUCUUCCAGGACCAGGUGUUGAAUGAGACAAUCAACUUUGCGGCAACGGUUGGUAAAGAUUUGAAGGACCUCAACAAGAUGCUGGGUGUGAAAAUUCAACUUCCGGAGAUUCAACUGAAUGCCGACACGUGGGUUACGCUGAUAGAGCAGUUCCUCAUGUUGGUUCUGAUUAUUGGCCGCUGGAUGCUGCCGAAAGGGGACCUAACGCGAGAUCAGCUGAGUCAGCUGCUGCUGGUGUACAUUGGGACCGCUGCGGAUAUAAUUGAAUUUUUCGAUUCCUUCAAAGAUAAUAAGAUUGCCAACGAACCGGUGCUGGUGCAGCUGACCCUAAGUAUUUGGUCGUGGAGUUUACUACAGUUCACGAUUGUGCUUUCGGCAACACGUGCCCGAAAGCCACGAGGUGGCGGUAGCGCCGUUCAGCGAGAGGAGGAAAACCAUUGCUGUAAUAUGACCUUUUGUAACAUCGACGUGUGGGGAAUCGCCCUGAAUAUUUUACUUCAGGACGCACCCUUUCUCACCUUUCGGUUGCUGAUUAUCAUUCACUACAAAAUCAUCACUUAUAUGAAUAUCUUUUUCACGUGUAAAAACACAUUGGUUAUUUUGCUCCAGCUGUAUCGGUUGUAUGUGGUUCACUCGGAAAAUCGGAAGACAGCCAGACACCAGAGGCGGGGUGGAAAUCGCCAUUCGAAGCAGCAGCAGAAGAGAACCAAUCGAAGGAAGGUGGCUGACUUCAGCGAUGACGAGAUUCACGAGAUGCGGAUGCUUAAGCAUCAUCGCAAAUUGGCAAGAGCGCGGAAAGACACCGGAUACUCGACAGCCAGCAGCCAGACGACGAUCGAGCAGCAGAAGAAAAGGACGCACGGGGGACUGAAGGCAUCCUCCGCCGCCAGAAGAUGUCAAGCGGAAGAUGAAGAUGCACUUCAGAUUGGUACGAAACGGAGCGGCAAGAAGGGUGGCAAAUCGAGGAAGUUAAUGGCUACCAAGGAUAAUGAAUUCGACGUAGAUGAGAUGGAGCAGGUUAGAAGCGACCGGAAGCGCAAACGUUGUAAGGAUAAUGCGGCCGGCAGAGUUGGUGGCAGCAAAUACCGGAACCAAUCAAACCGUCGCAGCAUCCGCAGUAAAGCACGAAAACAUCAGAAAACAACGAAACGCGAUAUGGACCACGACGACGUCGUUAGCAACGAUGAUGCCACUGAUGCUGGUGAGUUGGACGUUGGCCGCGAGCAGGAACUGAGCGAUGCAAACGAUACAGCCAGUGGAUACGAAAUUGUGAACGAAAAGAGUACUAGCCGAAAAAAGAAAGCACAUUCUGGAUCGGCGGCGGGACGAGUCGUGUCCAGCGCUGGGUCCUCUUCCGGUUCUUCCGAAUGAGCACACUCACACACACACCCAUUGGCGAACUCUCGAGGACAUAACCUCAAUUUGAUCCAUCGCAGGAGGAAAAGUAAAAGCUUUUCAUCUUCGGAAAAUGGAGACGAGAUGGAGACGUUGAUGAUGAUGUUUGUACUUUGAACUUUGUGACAACGUGUUUGGGCUCUGCUUUAUGCGCUCCCGAUUGUUCUUUUGGCAUUGAAAUGGUUUUUGUUGUGAUGGAGUCGGCGGACGGAUGAGCAACUUUUGGUCACAUUUGGACCAAGUA